AUGAUCGAUAACGAACAAACCGCCCAGGAGGAAAUAGGAGCCAUCGGAGGUGUUCCGCCCCAAGAAGAGAUCGAAACGUGGAAAAGAAGAAGAACUCAGCUGCGCAAACAGAUAACGGUCACUCGUCGCCACACCGAUUCACUGAUACUUAGUGGAGGCUCACGGGGAGCCAUUAAGGGACUAAUGGAACAUCUGAGGAACCUGAAUCACGACAACCGUCAUGUACACACGGAUCUCAUGGGUACCGACCCAGAUACCAUCGAGAAUGACAAGCAGGAAGCUAUGCACCUGCGUUACGUACAGCAAUCUGGCGAAAUGUACGAAAUGGUGGAAGGCUAUUUAACCUCCAGGCUGGACGAUCCAGCUUCUGAAAUCCAAGAGGAUCCUAGGCAAUCGUUUCCCGCAGUCGGAAUCGGACGACAAGAAAGAGAACCGUACAGGACUAUUGACAAUUUAGCCGUACCAAGAAGACCUGAAGAGAUCCAAAAUCUACAAGAAAGACACCCCGGUUCCCAAGCCGAAGCGGGUGCAAUAAGCAGAGCCUUGAGUUCAUUAACAGUAGAUGACGACGAACGCUAUUCAUCAGUCAGCCAACGACCAAUUCCAACCAGUCGACCACAUGCUGCUGGCAAAGAGAAUGUCAUUCCGAAAAGGAUAGUCAAUGUGCCAUGGGUGAGCGAUAGGAGCAACGCCCCGGACGACUGGAUAGACCAAUACAGCAACGGCCGGUUGCCACCAGAGUCCAGCCAACAUCACUUCCGUUCGUCAGUCUCGGCGGAGUUGGAAGUCUAUCACGGAAGGGCACUACAUUGGUUCGCAUGGAUUGACGUCUUCAAGGCCCUAGUACAUGACACUCCGAGGUCCCCAGGAGAAAAGAUUGCCUUAUUGAAAAGAUACCUUCGAGGUGACUGUCUAGACGUAAUAUACGGACUCGGAGGUGGAGAGGAAGCCUACAUAGAAGCGCUAGUAAGACUGAAGCAGACCUGUGGGAGACGCGACGUUAUGAGAGCAGCACAUAUACAAGCAAUUGACCGGUUAGAGCUGAAAUUGGAUCCAAGAACGUUCAAAAGAUAUGCCGAGAAAAUUCGCCCCCACCUCUUCGAUCUUACUCGAAUUGAAGUUUCACCAGCUGAUGUCAUCGAAAGGGAAAAUGGGAGAGACCUAGAGCAUAGAAGCCUCAACGAUUUUGGAAGAUGGCUUUGCAAUAGAGCCUCAGCAUACCAAAACGCUCCCAGCAUAGCGGCGGAACAGAGUGCCCCAGUAGCCAGAAACAAUUUUCCCGACAAUCGUCGUCCAGCACGCGUGCAUCAAGGAGCCACAACUUCUCCAGAUAUCAGAGGAACGGUACUCGACCGCCCAUUUUGCUUCAAAUGCGAGAAAACCCACAAACUGACCGACUGCACAGAAUUCCAAGGGCUCUCCAUCGGGGAGCGAGUCAUGUUCUGCGUUCGUCAUCACCUAUGCUUCUGCUGUUUCAGCCCCAAGCAUUCUGUCCAAAGCUGUCCGAAAAGAAGACCCUGCAAACAUACCGGUUGCCGAUACAGCCACCACGAAGUAUUGCACGACUCCGGAAAUCUAUCUAUAAAACGAGCCAAACCAUCGACAGCCCGCACCGGCAGGCAGAGGGUGGAUUUGGGAAUGAUGCGGUUGGAAGUGAGCUCAGUCGACGGGAAAUGGUCCCAACUGGUGAACGUGUUUAUCGAUGAGGGAAGUGACUCCACUCUCAUGACAGACUCAUGCGCCCGAUCUUUAAACAUACGAGGAAUCCCGCAAAUCCUUGAAGUGGAUGGAGUCGGUGGUGAAGUACGGCAACACUCCUCACAACGCGUACGAUUCUUGAUCCGUUCAGAGACCGGAGCUCUAUUUCCAAUAUCCGCUUCUACCAUGAAAAGGGUGGCGAAUCCAGCUCCCGUGAUCAACUGGAACGUCAAGAAACAAAAUUGGAGCCACCUGAGAGAUAUACCGGUGGGCGAAGUAGGGGGCGACAUCGAUGUACUGGUAGGCAUGGACCAUGCACAUCUGUCAAUGGUUCAGGAAGGCCGAGGCGGAAAGGCAGGUGAGCCCGUAGCCUCCCGUACUCAAUUGGGGUGGAUUAUCCGAGGCGUAACCGACACGCAAGACACCUUGGCCACCGUCCGAAGCAAUCGAGUUAUCAGCAGUACCUACUCCAAAGAUCUGAACACUCAACUUCGCAGGUUCUGCGAUACGGAGGAGUUCGGAACGGAGUUUCAGGCUGGAUGUUUGUCACCUGAAGACAAAAGAGCUCUAGCAAUAGCAGUCUCAGGAACGAAAAGGCUAGACGUCGGUUAUCAAGUUCCGAUCACCUGGCGAGAGGGAGAACCAAAUCUGACGAAUAACUACGAAAUGGCCAUCAACCGAUGGAAGAGGUAUGCAUCAGUAGUCAAUAACGAAUCGACUGCAAGGUAUUUUCUGGCACACCACGGCGUCUACAAAGGAUCAAAACUUCGAGUAGUUUUCGACACUGCAGCCCCCUUCAAAGGCAAAUGUCUCAACAAUGCAAUAAUAGCUGGCCCGGCCCUUCAACCAUCUCUCGCAGCCGUAGUCAACCGUUUCAGAUUGUACGAGAUCGCCUGGGCGGCGGAUAUCGAGGCCAUGGGAAACCGAGCCGAAAACCUGCCGGAUGGAUCGUCUACCGUUUGGGGCGAGCUGUUCCCCUUCGUCGCCAUUCACACAAUCCGGAAGAUUAUGGAAGAUGCUGGUGCAAAUGAAAGGAUUACUACCGCCGUCCGAGAUAACAUAUAUGUGGACGAUUACCUUAACUCUGCCCCCGGUAUCACAGACGCGACGCAAGAAGCUACAACGAUCCGUAAUUAUCUGCUCGCUGCGGAUCUCAAACUGCAGGGGUGGAUAUCAAAUUCACCGGAAUUCGUCCAAGGUGUAAUGGGAAAGGAACACGUGCUGUCUUCGUCACCAACCACCCAUUCUCUAGUGCAAAAUCCCGACGAAAAGGUUCUGGGUGUAUUUUGGAACACCCUUAAGGACUCCCUCGGAUUCAACGUAGCUAACCGUCCCGACACCUGCUUCACCCGCGUAAACCUCAUUAGUAAAGUGGCCAGUGUCUUUGACCCCCUCGGCACCGCCUCUCCAUUGAUAGUAAAGGCCAAGAUACGCCUGAGAGAACUCGGCGUCAAAGGAUUGAAAUGGACCGACGAAGUGGUUGGCGACGACCGGAAAUGGUGGGAACAGUGGUUCAACGCCCUAAAAUUAUUGGGUGAUGUGGAAAUCCCUCGCUGUCUCUUCCCUGCGGUAUCGACUAUUACCUCUUCAGAAAUCCACACCUUCUGUGAUGCUUCGGAAGAAGCCUACGCGGCAGUGGUCUACAUCAGAAAUAGCUACGACAAAAACUGCAAGCAGACGAUAAGGAUACACCAAAUCAAGGCGGCCAACAAGUUAGCUCCCAAAAAAUGUCUCUCGGUUCCGAAGCUGGAACUAAACGCGGCCUUGCUGGGCGCCCGGCUCGCCAAAACCGUCGGAACGUCACUCCCUCCUGGAAUGAUAUCCAGCAGAAAAUUCUGGACUGACAGCAGCACUGUCCGAAAUCGGAUCCGAGCCACAGCAGCCCAUUAUCAAGUCUUCGUGAGCAAUCGCAUUGGAGAAAUACAAACCAUCACCGAACCCGACGAAUGGCGCUUCGUCCCGGGCGCUCUAAAUCCGGCGGAUGCCGCGACCCGCUCCACUCUAGAUGGAACCAUUUUCCCAGUUGCCUGGCUUAAAGGACCGAAAUUUCUCUCACAGUCUGGGCAGGAAUGGCCGAUGGAUCUUCCGUGGAUAGCGGUAAACGAGGAGAAACGUCCCGCACGUACACUCGUCAUCACGCAGCCGGUUCAGAGAGACUGGACCCAAAUCCAAAUUACUCCAGAACUGUCUUGUCUUCCCUCACUGUGCCAACUAGACCCUGUCUUCUUUGAUGUAAUCAAACAGUGUCAGGUCGAGGCGUUCUCUGAAGAACUAAGACGCCUAAAGAAUAAUAAAACCCUGCACUCUAGCUCCUCGCUGUUGGCCCUGUCUCCGAUCCUCGACAAAGAUGGGCUACUUAGACUUGGUGGACGAAUUGGUCGCGCACGCCUGCCCUACGAUCAGCUGCAUCCGGUACUCUUGCCCGGAAAACACCCGCUCGCCGAGAAAAUCGUCCACGCGUUCCAUACGCGACUCAAUCAUGUAGGAACGGACUUCCUCCUCUGCUACAUACGUCAACAUUUUUGGAUGACAAGCGGGAGAGAAUUAGUGAAGAAGAUCCGCAGGGAUUGUCCCAUCUGUAGGCGUAAUCGAGCCCGACCGGGCGAACAAUUGAUGGCCGAGUUACCAGAGUCCCGCCUCGACUAUGGCACCAUUCCCUUCACUCGAACAGCCGUGGAUCUAUUCGGCCCAUUAGAGAUCAGCUCGUAUCGUUGCAGAAUCGCUAAAAGAUGGGGCGUGCUGUAUACAUGCCUGGUAACCAGGACAAUAUUCUUGGAAUUAGUACCGUCGCUUUCAUCUGAAGACUUUCUCCUAUCCCUGCGCAGAUUUAUCGCCAUGUAUCGUAGCCCAGCAGUCCUUCAUUCCGACAACGGGACGAACUUCGUCGGCGCGGAAGGCGAGCUACGAGAGGCAGCCAUCAAAUUACAUAGCUCCGAAGAGGUGCCCGCGUUUAUGCACAGUACCCGUAUACGCUGGAUCUUUCAACCGCACCGUACUCCCCAUUUUGGAGGAGCUCACGAGGCCUUAGUCAAAAUCACCAAGAGAGCUCUCUACGAUGCUUUAGAAAGAGAGAAAGGAGCCUUCCGUCAUCCUAGCGAGGAUGUACUUCGAACGGUGCUUCAUGAAGUCGCGGGGCUGCUAAACACUAGGCCGCUGACAUAUGCCAGCUCCGAUCCGGAAGAUUUCCGCCCCCUAACGCCAAACGACUUCUUAAAUCGUGCACCGACCGCAUAUCCCCCCGCUGGAUGCUAUGACGACGCGCAACCGCGAGAACGUUAUCAAUGCCUGUAA